CUGCUGGAGGGGUGUCUCCUCUGGAAGAUGCAGGCUUUGAUCCUGAGCUGUAUAUAAGACCGCCAAGAGCUGACCUGCUCCACACCGCACUCCUGAAGCUCGACGCUCUUGCUUCUCGCCCAGGCUGCCUCAGUUUUGCAGGGAGAUGGCCCAGCUCCAGGAAAACAUCGACGGCGUGGUUGCCGUUUUCUGCGUGUGCACCAGAAGCGACGGCAGCCGCAGCCCCCUGAGCAGGGAGGAGCUGAGGCGGCUCAUCGAGCAGAGCUUUGCGGAUGCGAUGGAGAACCCCCAGGAUCCCAAAACCAUCAAGAAGGUGUUGUGCUUCCUGGAUGAUGACAGCAACUGCAGGGUUGACUUCAGCGAGUUGCUCAGCCUGGUUUUCCGCGUGGCCAAGGCUUGUUACAAGCCGCUCCAGCAGCAUCAGGCGCUGGAAGAUGGUCUAGAGCCAAGAGCGCAGGAGAAGGCAGGCGGAGAGCAGCCGCUGAGGGCAUACACAGUGGGGAGGGUCUCAAGGAACCAGGAGGUCCCUGAGCAGGGUGUGAACAAUCAGGUCCAGGACCCAGAAAACGAUCAAACCCAGGAGGAUGAAAUAUCAAAGAGGGACCAGGACAACCAUCAAACCCAGGAGGAUGAAAUAUCAAAGAGGGACCAGGACAACCAUCAAACCCAGGAGGAUGAAAUAUCACAGAGGGACCAGGACAAUCAUCAAACCCAGGAGGAUGAAAUAUCAAAGAGGGACCAGGACAACCAUCAAACCCAGGAAGGUGAGACAUCAAAAGAGCACCAGGACACCCAUCAAACUGAGGAUGAGAUAUCAAAGCAGGACCAGGACAACCAUCAAGCCCAGGAAGAUGAGACAUCAAAGCAGAACAGGGACAUCCAUCAAACCCAGGAGGGUGAGACAUCAAAGCAGGACCCAAACAACCAUCAAACCCAGGAGGGUGUGACACCUGAGCAAGACCAGGACACACGUCAGGAUGAUAGGACUGAAGAACCAGAAGGGGAUCCAGAGAGAGGUGAGAGUGUGGACACUGCAACCCCAGAGAAGGAAAGAAAUACUGAUAAAGCUGAAGAGUCUGAGACACCAAAAGAGGACCCAAAAACCCAUCAAGCCAAAGAAACUGAGGCACCAGGACAGGGUUCAAACAACCAGCAGAGUCCAGAGACAGAGCCAGCAGAACAGAACCCGAAUUAUCCCUCUGAGACACAAAAAAGAGACCCAAGCAACAAGACCCAGGUCUGCGAGGCUCCUCAGCAGGACCCCAACCCCAACAACACCCAGAAGCUGCUGCCCCCACAGCAGGGUUCAGGCCCCCACUGGGAUCCGAAACCCCAGGGUACACACGAUGACCCAUCUUUCUACCCUCUCCCGGAAUCCAAGGUGCUGGAGCAGGAACACAGUGAGGCAGAGGCUCCAUCCUGUCCAGCCCGACAGCAAGAAGAUGCUCAUCACCAAAGACAACCCACUAUGCAGCAACAGUUCCUGCAGUCUCUGUAUCAGUGGCCACUACAGCAGUAAAGGCUGGAACAAGCUCUGAGGUGUGGUUGUUGCCCCCUGCAAGGUACUUUUGGUG